UGCAGCUCAAGCGUUAAAGAUGGCUCUUCACGAGGAAAUUGGCAAUGUGAACAUCUGGUGGUUUCCGCAGGACUUUUGCCAAUCCCGUUUCGGCGAUUUCCGACAGAGCGGUACCAACUCCUGUACGCUUAUCUCGCUAAUACUUGCGGAUAAGGUGUCCAAGAUGCCAAGCUUGUGCCAGAACGUAGCUGAAUUCCCAGAGGUUGCCUGGGACUUAAUUGGCGAAUCCAUCAACGAUGGCAAUAAUGUCUAUCACGACCUAAUAUCUGCGAAUCUGAAUAUUAAUAUACCGGACGCAUUGUCAGCGAUACGAUCGCAUCAGAAGAUCAACUUUCGCUUAGAGGAAUGGUUCUUCACCCAGGUUGGCUCCGAUCCACUCAGUCCCAUGAUUGUCGGUGUGGAACUCUCGCGCAUCUUUACCACCACACUGGAGGUCUUCCAGCAGGGCGACGGCUGGGACGUGCCCUCCCACCUGUUCGCCGCCAUUGUCGCCGACUGUCGCACCGUCAUGGUUACCAUCGACCUGCGCACCUCGAUCGCAGCCAUCAUUGACUCACACCAGCAUGGCAGCGAUGCCGGCGCCGUGUUUGCCCAAAGCACCCUACAUUACAUAAGCGACCUGAUGUUCUGGUUCAUUAGCAUGUUAGACCACAUUUAUUCAAGCCAUCCUGCGAUUUUCGAGAUCUCCUUCCUCUGCUCCAUGCCCGACGUGGCGCUGCGAAUCCCGCCCGCCGUCGAGCAGUAUGCAAAUGAUAUCUGCAAGCCAAAGGAGAAGACUUCGAAAUUGACAUAAUAUUUAUAUCAUACAUAUAUAUAUAUAUAUAUAUAUAUAUAUAUAUAUAUAUGUGUGUGUGUGUGUAUAUAUGUUUAGCUAGUCACAUUAUUAAUUUCACCAGUUCCAAAACACCACCAAGUUCCAUCCAAGAAACAUGAAAUCACAGUGCUGACGCUCGUUGGUUUUUUUUAUGUGUUAACGUUGAGUUUCUAAUUUUCUGUUUCUGUUUAUUAACACAAAUUUCAAUCGGGCGAGCGACCGUGAUGUACGUAUUUAUUCAAUAAAUCUUAAAU